GGGAGUUUAAAAUAGUGGGCAAAAUACUGGGAUGUGCGUAAACAAUUGCAGAAAACCACGCCCAGCCUAGACGCACAAAUGUGAUAACGUUCGAAUAUGCGUUUGAAGCGCCGUCCCUGGCAACGAAGAGUCCGGCGUGCCCUGGACCUGAUAAAAAUGCAAACACGCCGAAAAUUUCAAUUGUUGUCAGUGAUUGGAGGUCUGGUCUUGAUGCUGUGGCUGGCUGGGAUUUUGAUGUCUAGCGAUGAUGAUCAAGUGAAGGGCUACGGGGACGACCGAGCUUUAUAUGCUCCCUGCUUGGCCAUAGAUGCGGUCUACACUUGGGUCAAUGGGUCGGAGGCGAAAUUUAUAGAGUCCAUAAGGGGCUACGAUCCAAACUAUGAUCCCUCCCGGUUCGACGAUAAAAACGAAUUACGAUACUCAUUGCGUUCCUUGGAAAAGUACGCCAAUUGGAUACGACAUGUGUAUAUAGUGACCAAUGGUCAGAUACCAAAUUGGCUGGACUUAAGUUAUGACCGUGUGACCAUAGUCCCACACGAAGUACUAGCUCCGGAUGUGGACCAAUUGCCCACAUUCUCAAGCGCAGCCAUAGAAACAUUUCUGCAUCGCAUACCAAAGUUAUCAAAACGAUUUUUGUACUUAAACGAUGAUAUAUUCCUGGGAGCACCGCUCUAUCCCGAUGAUCUGUACACAGAGGCGGAGGGAGUACGGGUCUAUCAGGCCUGGAUGGUGCCCGAUUGUAGUUUAGAUUGUCCCUGGACCUAUAUAGGAGAUGGAGCCUGUGACAGGCACUGCAACAUUGAGGCUUGUCAAUUUGAUGGAGGCGAUUGCAGUGAUGCAGAGACUCAGCCAGGUGGCCAGGAAGCUCCGUUGCCAACUACAAAACGGAGAUUUCCAAGAUAUAGAGGUCUGCGUAAAAUUUACAAAGGAAGUUCCUCGAACUUCAAGGAUGUCAUGCGCCAUAGAAAUGUGUCCACAUUGAAUGAACUUCGUCAGAUUGUGGAGCAUUUCAAUAAGGAUAAAUUAAAGACCCUCUACAAAGAGUUGGAGGCCAGCUCGACUUCUCAACCCGACUAUAAGUCAUCAACUGAUAUCUACUCUCAGUCCCUAAUAGCCACCAAUAUGCUGCUUAAUCGUGUCUACGGCUUCAAGGCUCGUCACGUCCUGGCCCAUGUGGGUUUUCUGCUCGAUCGUGACAUUAUAGAGGCGAUGCAACUGAGAUUCAAUAAGGAGUUAAGAUUUACUGCCAGCCAGCGCUUUCGAUCGCCCUUAGACUUGCAAUAUGCCUUUGCCUAUUAUUCCUUUGUCAUGAGUGAAACGAAAACUUUGAGUGUGGAGGAGAUAUUCGAUGAAUUCGAUACGGAUGGUUCCGGUUCCUGGUCGGAUCGAGAGGUGCGUACUUGUUUGACACGUUUAUAUCCGCCGCCCUUGGAUUGGGCAGCUAUGCGUUACUUUGAGGAGGUGGUACAGAAUUGCUCACGCUCUUAUCAGCAAGCUGAUAACAUAGUUCACUCCACACUUGUCUAUGAACGUUAUGAGGAUUCAAAUUUGCCUACCAUCACUCGGUCUUUGGUGUCGCAGUGUGGCCUCUUGGCCGAUGCUUUAAGUGCCAAUUUCGCUAUUCGACCCAGGUAUCAAUUUAAUGUCAGCCCUAAACGUGCUUCCUCGAGUAACUUUAUGAUGCUCACCUCGAAUCUGACUGAGGUUGUCGAAUCUUUGGAUCGUCUGCGUCGUAAUCCCCGCAAAUUUAAUUGCAUCAAUGAUAAUCUGGACUUUAAACGCAACGAGGAUAAUGAAUUGGUGCGUCAUCUGCUGGAGGAUUUCUAUCUAUCUUAUUUUCCACGUCGCAGUAAAUUCGAAUUGCCUCCGCAGUUUCGAAAUCGUUAUGAAUCCUGGCAUGAUUAUCAACGCUGGCGUAGACGCAAACGUGCCGUCCUUGUGGUUGGCUAUGGCAUUACUAUCCUUUUGAUCAUAUUCUUGAUGCGUUUCAUGUGCUUGCAUAAGGCUAAAUUCGUUAGACGAUGUGUCCAACGACUGUAACUUCGAGAUUCCAUUUGUGUAUAUCUUUUUUAUAUCCUAUACAUGUAUAUGUUUUUUCAUUUUGCUUUGUGUGAUAAGAUGUAACUUUUGAGAUGCAUUAGAUGCUAAGAGAGAUUUUUAGUAGAUAACUAAGAUUAAUCUUAAAAGAAACUGAGGCUAUAACUUAAUAAAUAAACGGUUAGUAUAGACAAAAAAUAAA